UAAUUUUAUAAAUGUCAUAUGGGUUGUAUAAUGUCAUAUAUAUGUUUCGCACAUGAUUAUUUCAUUUAUUAAAGGAAGUUGAAAAUUAUUUUUUGUUAUAAUAUAUAUAUAAUCAUGUCGAAUGUGAAUGAAGCCGAAAAUAAAUCAAAAGAAUUUUUAGAUGGGGAAUGGAUGAUACGAUCGUGUGAUGUGUACGAAGAUGAAUAUUCAGAUUGUACAUCUUUAAAAGCAAGAUUUAACCAAUAUUUCAUUUUUGGAGAGUACAUAGAUUGUUCACAAUGGAAAAGGGAUGCUGACAAUUGUGUUAGAUGGAAGGAAAAACAAGAUGUUAAAUCUGCAAAAGAAUUGAUUGAAAGUGAACGAAUACGUAGAUUACAAAGAUUAAAAGGCCAUUAUAGUAAUAAUAUAUGGACAAAAAGAACAGAACCUCCAAAAGAUUGGGAUAAACCAUUACCAAAUUAUUUACAAAAAGAGUAUGAACACACUUAUUUAAAUAUAAAAGCAAAGGAAAUGAAAGGGGAGUUGCCUCCAUCUUUUGAUGCAUCAACAAAUUGUGCUAUUUUGUGAAAAAUAGUAUGACAUUGUUUUGUUAAAUUAUUAGUUAUUUUAAUAAAUAUAGAUAAAGAAGAUA